AUGAGUCUCGAAGGAAAUACCCUAGGCAAAGGGGCCAAAUCUUUUCCUCUGUAUAUUGCGGUAAAUCAGUACUCUAAACGAAUGGAGGACGAGCUCAAUAUGAAACCAGGUGAUAAAAUUAAAGUCAUUACUGAUGAUGGGGAGUACAAUGACGGCUGGUAUUAUGGGCGCAAUUUGAGAACCAAAGAGGAAGGUUUAUACCCAGCGGUAUUUACCAAAAGAAUAGCAAUAGAAAAACCAGAGAACCUGCACAAAUCACCAACCCAAGAGAGUGGAAAUUCUGGUGUUAAAUAUGGAAAUUUAAAUGAUUCUGCGAGUAACAUAGGUAAAGUCUCCUCGCAUCAACAGGAGAACAGAUAUACAUCAUUGAAAAGUACAAUGAGCGAUAUAGACAAAGCCUUGGAAGAGCUAAGAAGUGGUUCAGUUGAACAAGAGGUAUCAAAAUCGCCCACACGCGUGCCCGAAGUUAGCACUCCACAGUUGCAAGAUGAACAGACUUUGAUUCAAGAAAAAACCAGAAAUGAGGAAAACACGACACAUGACUCGUUAUUUUCUAGCACAGCGGAUUUAAACUUAAGUUCUGAAUCUUUGAAGAAUAUAAGUAAGUCAAAUAUAUCAACAAAAUCCCUAGAACCGAGUUCGGAAUCAGUUCGUCAAUUAGAUUUGAAAAUGGCUAAAAGUUGGAGCCCAGAAGAGGUUACUGAUUACUUUAGCUUGGUUGGAUUUGAUCAAUCCACUUGCAAUAAAUUCAAAGAGCAUCAAGUCUCCGGAAAAAUACUACUGGAAUUAGAACUGGAACACCUAAAAGAAUUGGAAAUAAAUUCUUUUGGUAUAAGAUUUCAGAUAUUCAAAGAAAUAAGGAACAUCAAGUCUGCAAUUGAUUCGUCGUCAAAUAAACUGGACGCCGACUACUCUACCUUUGCUUUUGAAAACCAAGCUGCCCAACUAAUGCCUGCAGCCACUGUAAAUAGAGACGAAAUCCAACAACAAAUUUCCUCCAAGUGUAACAAGUUGUCAAGUGAAAGCUCUGAUAGAAAAUCAUCUUCGGUCACCACAGAAUUGCAAAGACCAAGCUCGGUUGUUGUUAAUCCCAAUUUUAAACUUCACGACCCAGCUGAGCAGAUCCUAGAUAUGACAGAAGUUCCUAAUUUGUUUGCUGAUAAAGAUAUUUUCGAAUCACCGGGAAGGGCUCCAAAACCACCAUCAUAUCCAAGUCCAGUUCAACCUCCACAAUCGCCCUCUUUUAAUAACAGGUACACAAAUAAUAACGCAAGGUUUCCUCCUCAAACAACAUAUCCACCUAAAAACAAGAACCCAACCGUUUAUUCAAAUGGGCUAAUUCCAAAUUCUUCGACAUCUUCCGAUAAUUCAACGGGCAAGUUCAAAUUCCCUGCCAUGAAUGGUCAUGACUCGAACUCUAGGAAAACAACACUGACAUCUGCUACUAUACCUUCUAUUAACACGGUUAACACAGAUGAAUCUCUACCCGCAAUUUCAAAUAUAUCUUCAAAUGCUACAUCUCAUCAUCCGAACAGAAAUUCCGUUGUUUACAAUAACCAUAAGAGGACGGAAUCCGGAAGCUCAUUUGUUGAUUUGUUCAACAGGAUUUCAAUGCUAUCGCCAGUCAAGUCAAGUUUCGACGAAGAAGAAACGAAACAACCUUCAAAAGCUAGCAGAGCAGUUUUUGACUCAGCACGCAGAAAGUCGUCUUACGGACAUUCAAGAGAUGCCUCACUUUCUGAAAUGAAAAAGCAUAGGAGAAACUCUUCUAUAUUAUCUUUUUUUUCUUCAAAAAGUCAGUCUAAUCCAACGUCACCAACCAAACAAACUUUCACUAUCGAUCCCGCAAAGAUGACUUCCCAUUCUCGUUCUCAGUCGAAUUCCUAUUCGCAUGCAAGAUCACAAUCUUACUCCCAUAGUAGAAAACACUCGUUAGUUACCAGCCCCUUGAAAACUUCUUUAAGCCCUAUAAAUUCCAAAUCCAAUAUUGCUUUAGCGCAUAGCGAAACUCCUACUAGUAGUAAUAAUAAGGAGGCAGUAUCACAACCAAGUGAAGGGAAGCACAAGCACAAGCACAAGCACAAGAGCAAGCACAAACACAAGAACAGUAGCUCCAAAGAUGGCUCUUCCGAAGAAAAAAGCAAAAAGAAAUUAUUUAGUAGCACCAAAGAAUCAUUUGUAGGAAGCAAGGAAUUCAAAAGAUCUCCCAGUGAACUUACCCAAAAAUCUACCAAAUCGAUACUUCCCAGGUCGAAUGCUAAAAAGCAACAAACAUCUGCUUUUACCGAAGGUAUACGCUCUAUCACAGCAAAGGAAUCUAUGCAAACUGCGGACUGUUCAGGCUGGAUGAGCAAAAAAGGUACCGGUGCUAUGGGGACUUGGAAACAACGGUUUUUCACACUUCAUGGAACAAGGCUUUCUUAUUUUACGAAUACCAAUGAUGAGAAGGAGCGUGGCCUGAUAGAUAUAACGGCACAUAGGGUCUUACCUGCCAGUGAUGAUGAUAGGCUCAUUUCCUUAUACGCUGCGAGCUUAGGAAAAGGAAAAUACUGUUUCAAAUUGGUCCCUCCGCAACCGGGGUCCAAAAAGGGGCUAACCUUUACAGAACCUCGCGUUCACUAUUUUGCAGUUGAGAAUAAAUCUGAAAUGAAGGCAUGGCUGUCAGCCAUAAUAAAGGCCACUAUUGAUAUUGAUACAAGCGUCCCUGUCAUUAGUUCAUAUGCCACACCAACGAUACCUCUAAGCAAGGCACAGACGCUAUUGGAAGAAGCUAGGUUACAAACCCAGUUAAGAGAUGCUGAAGAGGAAGAGGGAAGAGAUCAAUUUGGAUGGGAUGACACCCAAAAUAAAAGAAAUUCUAAUUAUCCAAUCGAACAAGAUCAAUUUGAGACCAGCGAUUACCUGGAAAGUUCAGCAUUUGAAUACCCUGGUGGCAGACUUUGA